CGCCGCACUGGCCCAAGCUUCCAGCUCGAGAAGCCAGAGGCUCCAAAUAUCCGGACGUCACUCCAAGCCGCACACAGCAACAUCCUCCCCGUGUAUCUGCGCUGCCGAGUGCCAGCGCCUAUUACCCAUCAUGGCGAGCUCUUCGGGCAACUUCAAUCCCGCGCGGCCAAAACGCGCCGGGGAUCAUUUCACUCGAACUCACCACCAGGACAUUGACGAGCCUUCGGCGAAGAAACCUCGCUUCGACCCGCGGAAUCCCUCAACUCUUGCUCCAGAUAACGACGAUGAAGACGACCCUGCCCUAGAGGCUGAUGUCAUCGGGAAAGGCGCUGGAAUAAAGCGCAACGCCGUGAACAUCGACGGCUACGAUUCGGACAGCUCUACCGAGAACUUCGACACUCGCGCCGAAGCCCGAAGCAAAAAGUCUGCCCCCAAAAAGGAUGACGAUGACGAUGACGAUAUGUUUGCAGAGGAGGACAAGGAUGAUGAGCAGGACGAGGAUACUCGACGCGGGGAUAAAAGGAAGAAGCAGCUGCGCUUUUUGCAAGACAACGAAAUAGAGGGACAGGAGGACACUAGCAAGUCUGGAGGGCAUGUUGCCGUCGAUUUUCGUGCGGGCACAGCCAUGCAGACGGAUGAGGUUGGGAGCAGUAGUGAGAGUGAGGAUGACGAAGAGGAGCGCGACAGGCUGGAUCCCGGCAUGGACGAAGAGAUAGGCGCCGGAGGCAAGAAGAGACAUGCGCCGAAGCUAGACGCCUUUAAUAUGAAAGCCGAACAGGAAGAAGGGCGCUUCGAUGAGGCCGGCAAUUACGUCCGGAAAGCCUAUGACCCCGAAGCCGCACAGGAUGCAUGGUUAGAUGGCGUAUCUAAAAAGGACAUUAAGCGCGCGAAAGAAGCGCACGAAAAGAGGGAGGCCGAGCGUAGGGAACGCGAACGAGCUGAGGACUCCAUUGUUACAAGCGAUGUACUCUCUACAAUGAUCCUGCAUCUGGAUGUGGGGGAGACGCCUAUGGAGGCACUAGUGCGGCAUGGGAAGGCUGUUCCCAAGAAGAAGACCACUACAUGGAACAAGAAGAAGAAAAGCCAAGAAAUGGACGUGGAACCAGAUCUAGCCCAGGAAGCUGCCGCAACCAAGGCAAAAGAGGCGAUCGACGCCAUCACCGAAUGCGCAAGCCGCUUGACGGAUCGGGGCGUGGAAAAUGUCUACGAGCUUCCCCGCGAGAUGAUUAUGCGCCAAUACAAGCGAGAGACGGGCGAGGACUGGAAGAAUCCGAGUCCGGAUGUGCAAUGGGAAUUUCACUGGCUUACCGCGCCCGAGGGAGACAUCAACGGGCCCUACGAUACCGAGACAAUGCAAGCGUGGGGGCAAAAUGGACAGUUCGAAGCUGGCGCCGAGUUCCGCCGCGUCGGAGAGACGGAAUGGUCAAGACUACUGGACUUCGAAGACUGAACCCUCCAUUGCAUCGCUCGAAACUAAGUCACACCGUUCAACGGGAGAGACUUGUACCAGUGUUCUCCGAGAGCAAUUCGCGACACCAAGGGCAUUUCCUCUCAGUUGCGAUGAGACGCAUCAUGUUUACAAUGUUAUCGCCAAUAGAGGAGCCGGUUCAACGGGCUGCGGAAAGAGAUCCCGCCGACGUGGACACGCUCUUGCGGUAGGGAAUUCUCCAGAUUUAGGGGCUCGCCGUACAAAUAAGUAGGAUUGCUCGUACAGCUGACUAUACGCUUCAUUGUGCGCACCCGCGGAGGCCUCCAGGGUAGCUGUUACGCAC